AUGAAUCAUGCUGAUGCAGCAUCAUACCCACCACAAGCAACCUUGGACUCAAACGUCGAUUACUUUGACCAUCUGCAACGUUAUUCUGCACUGUAUAGAAUUCUGUUGGCAACGCCUUAUUCCACCAAUGUGAUAUCCAAACAAUGGUACAGAAUUAAUUUAAAGUUGGUGAACGAACUGGAUCUGUCACUGACUGGACAACAAAAAAGCAAGUGCUGGUUGGAAGUGGGGUGUUAUUUACUAGUGGAAAAGAACAAAUCCAUCAUCCCUUGCAAAGAGUGCCUGAUACAGUGUCGACCACUACAGCAUGAUGCAUGGGAUACCACGACAGCGUCAGAUAUCGCUGGAUUCCAAAAUGACGCUGUGGGUGAUUUAGAAUUCAUGGUGUCGUUGCAAGAUGAAGGCUACGUCAGUUCGUCUACUGCUUCCAUCAAAGCCAAAUACUACAUUCAGAUAUACCCCAAACAGCAGCAACCCUCCUCCAUUAUGGCAUUUCCCUUGAUGAUUGGCCCUAUAUCCAUAGAAGAACAGACCAUGCAACUCGCAUCAUCACAACAGCCGCUCCUGAACGAUCAGUGGAAACAGCAAAACAUGUCCAAUACAAUAUACCAUGGCUACCGACUGCAGGACAGCUCGUUUCUCAUCAUUCAGGAGGACUGGAGUUUGGGGACACCAGGCAAAAUGUGGGACUCUGCGCUUGUUUUAUCUCAAAUGAUCGCAGACAGAAUCAAGCAUAAUCCAGGUUACUUUCAAAAGCGUGGUUUGGUGGAUCUGAGUGCAGGAACUGGAUGUCUUGGUCUGUUGAUAGCAGCAUUAUACAAAAACAUUUACAAAAACUAUCAACACUCAAUGCCACACAUCACCUUGACUGAUCUGCCAGAUGCCUUGAAUUUAAUAUAUCGGAACCGCGCCUACAACCACCUGGAAGGUUACACGAGUGUCAAAUCUCUGGAAUGGGGCAAUUACCAAGAUGUGCAAAAUUUGCUUCUAGAAGGUCCGUUGCAUACAGUGAUUGCAUCAGAUGUGCUGUAUAGACCCUCAACAUUUCACAGUCUGGUACAAACGCUGAGCUGGUUAAGUGAUGAGAACAAGAAUCAAAUAGAGAUCUACGUGGGUUAUAAGCGACGAGGAUUAGCAUUGUGCGAUGAACAAAAGUUUUUUGAUUUGUGUGCACAACGCUUCGAUAUCAUCACUGUAUCGGCUAUGCCUGCUAUUGGCACGGCCACCGCAAUUAGGCAAACAAAGAAGAGCUCUAUAGAGGGUUGGAUAAUGAAUGAAGAUGAACCCGAUGCCAUCUACAAAGACACAGGUGUCAAUAUUUACCAGUUGAUACGCAAAUGA